AUGGAAAAUGAAAAGGAGCUCUAUCGGAAACAAAGGCAAGUCCUGAUAUUCUUUGUUUUACUGGGCAUAGCUCAGGCUGGUUCUGAACCUACGCUCUAUUCAGUGGCUGAGGAAACAGAGAGUGGCUCCUUUGUGGCCAAUUUGUUAACGGACCUGGGGCUGGAGGUGGAAGAGCUAGCUUCCAGGGGUGCUCGGCUGGUGUCUAAAGGGAAAAACCUGCAUUUGCAUUUGGAUAGGCAAACCGGGGACUUGCUGGUAAAUGAGAAACUGGACCGCGAGGAGCUCUGCGGUUCUACCGAGCCCUGUGUACUACCUUUCCAGGUGCUACUGGAAAACCCUCUGCAGUUUUUCCUGGGCCAGUUGUGGGUUAAGGACAUAAAUGAUCAUUCCCCGGUUUUCUUAGACAACGAAAUAAUUUUGAAAAUUCCAGAAAGUAUUGCUCCUGGAACUACUUUCCUAAUAGAACGUGCCCAGGAUCUGGAUGUAGGAAGCAACAGUCUCCAAAAUUACACACUCAGCCCCAAUUUCUAUUUUCAUCUGAAAUUACAAGAUAGCCCUGAUGGCAUAUUACCACAGCUGGUGCUGGAGAAAGCGCUGGAUCGGGAGGAGGAGCCGGAGAUCAGGCUAAUCCUCACUGCCCUGGACGGUGGGAAUCCACCCAGGUCCUGCACUGCCCUGGUCCGUAUUGAAGUUGUGGAUAUCAAUGACAACGCCCCGGAGUUCACAAAGCUUCUCUACGAGGUGCAGGUCCCAGAGAACAGCCCCGUUGGAUUCCAGGUUGCCACUGUCUCGGCUAGGGACUUGGACAGUGGUAUUAAUGGAGAAAUAGCGUACACGUUUUCUCAAGCCUCUGAAGACAUCCGGAAAACAUUCCGCGUCAAUGCAAAAUCCGGAGAACUGCUUUUAGCACGGACCUUGGAUUAUGAAUCCAUUCAGACUUACACAGUAAAUAUCCAGGCAACAGACGGUGGGGGACUUACUGGAGGUUGCGUGGUGUUUGUCCAAGUGCUGGAUUUGAAUGACAACCCGCCGGAACUGAGCAUCUCCACGCUGACCAACGAGGUCCCAGAAAACCUGAUGGAAGCCCUGAUUGCUGUAUUCAGUGUUUCGGAUCCUGACUCGGGAGACAAUGGGAGGCUGGCGUGCUCCAUCCCGGACGACCUGCCUUUCCUUCUGACACCCUCCGUGGAAAACUUUUACACAAUCCGGACACGCUCAGCGCUGGACCGGGAGGAGAGAGAGGAGUACAACAUCACCAUCACCGUGACGGACGCGGGGAGCCCCCGGCUGCGCACGCAGCACACGCUCGCCGUGCGCGUGGCCGACGAGAACGACAACGCCCCGGAGUUCACGCAGGCCUGCUACACGCUGCGCGUGCGCGAGAACAACAGCCCCGCCCUGGCCCUGGGCAGCGUGCGCGCCACCGACAGGGACGCGGGCAGCAACGCGCAGCUGAGCUACUCGCUGCUGGCCGGGCCGCAGCCCGGGCCCGACGCGGCGGCGCUCGUGUCCAUCGACGCCGACAGCGGGCAGCUGUUCGCCCUGAGGCCGCUGGACUACGAGGCCCUGCCGGCGUUCGAGCUGCGCGUGCGCGCCGCCGACCGAGGCGCGCCCCCGCGCAGCAGCCAGGCGCGGGUGCGCGUGCAGGUGCUGGACGCCAACGACCACGCGCCCCGGGUGCUGUACCCGCCGCAGAACGCGUCUGCGCCCUGCACCGAGCUGCUGCCCAGGGCGGCCGAGCCGGGCUACCUGGUGAGCAAGGUGGUGGCGGUGGACCGCGACUCGGGCCAGAACGCCUGGCUGUCGUUCCGGCUGCUGCAGGCCACGGAGCCCGGGCUGUGGGGCGUGGCGCCGCACAAUGGCGAGGUGCGCACCGCGCGGCCGCUGAGCGAGCGCGACGCGCCCCGCCACCGGCUGCUGCUGCUGGUGCAGGACCAUGGCGAGCCGCCGCGCUCGGCCAGCGUGGCGCUGCACGUGCUGCUGGUCGACGGCUUCUCGCAGGCCCACCUGCCGCCGCCCGCCGCGCCGCCCGAGCGCGCGCAGCCCGACCGCCUGGCCGCCUCGCUGCUCGUCGCGCUGGCCGCCCUGGCCGCCCUGGGCCUCGCGGCGCUGCUGCUCUUCGUGGCCGGCAGGCUGUGCCGGAGGCGCGGGGCGCGCUCGCGGGGCGGCUGCGCGCUGCCCGACCCCCCGUUUCCUGCGCGCCUGCUGGACGCGGGGCCCGCGGGGACGCUGGCGCGCGGCGGCCGCCACCUGGGGGCGCUGCGGGGCGCGACCGGCGCCACCGAGGUCAACUCGCUGAAGCCAAUCUUUCCAAACCUGUCUCCCCAGAUUCCUGGGAACGAGAUAGAGGGAGCGCCGAGCUUCCGCAAUAGUUUGGGGUUCAGUAUUCAGUAACAUGAAUGGUUUCCUUGGAUUUUAAUGGUGACUCCAGAGCCACCAGUGAGUUCAAGUGUCAAAAACCAAUCCUCCCUCCCCUCUUGCCCCAAGGCAGUGGAAAGCCCUGUCUCAGAGCUACCAGUGUGACGUGUGUCUGCUGAGACGUUCUAGGACAAAUGAGUUCAAGUUUCUGAAACCAGUGAUACCUAAUUCGCAUAGGCAUUCCCUUGGUCCAGGAAUGGAAGGA